AUGUCGUGGCGCAGAGCUGGGCUGAGCAUUCGACGGAACGUUGUGUACAACCGGCGGUUCUGCACCGCAACUUGCCGACGUCAGGUUGAAGAUGAGGGUGACUGGUUCUACUCCUCCGAGUGGUGGGGGACGGACUCUGAUGGUCAGACUGUUCUGCGCACCGACUCCGAUCACGGGAAUGGCGUCGUCUCUGUUCUGGCUUAUCCCUCUUCUCGACCCGCUCAUACUGAAUGGCCUAAAACUGAGAGAUGGCUUCAGGAAAGGUAUGCAGCUCUGCAUCCAAGUCAUCAGAAAAAGGGUUGUUUAAAGAUACUUGGAUAUCAGUGGCGCACGCUGCACUUUAACGAAACCACACGCCAGAGCACUGCUAAAGUAAUGGCUGCUUACCACGGCUCAAAACCUGGCUCUCUGUUCUUGAUGCAACAGCCUCAUUGUUUAGCUGUUCCAUAUUUAAAGAGUAUGGCAGCGACAGGUUUAAAUGCUCUUGCGUGCUGUGAUUACGACCUUGCUGGUGUUGCAGUCGGAAAGAAGAAAAUGCGUGUGUUGUGCAUUGGUCAUGGUGGAGGAAGUUUGCCCUUAUUCCUGGCCAGCAAAUUGCAAGGUGCCGAAGUUGACAUAGUUGAAAUCGAUCCAGUAGUUAUAUCAACAUCAAUCCGAGCAAUGGGGUUCCCAGCUUUCUCCCUGACGAACCCAUCCGGACAACGCGCCACACCAAACGCCAGCCCCAUGGACGUCGUUCUGUGGAAAGGCAUCCACGAAAGGCUCCGUCUUUACGAAGCAGAUGCCGAGAAUUUCAUCCUGAACACCACCAGCAAGACCACAGUGUACGACAUGGUCUUCAUCGAUGCCUACGAUGGAGACGACAUCUUCCCUCGCAAGCUGUGGGACCCAGAUUCGCCGUUUCUCGAAGCCCUCAGUCAACACCUGCACCCAGAACACGGCGCCAUAGUGGUGAACCUCCACUCCUCUGAAUUACCUUCCGUUUCAAGCUCUUCCAACUCGUUUUUCUUCGACCAGCCUCUGCCGAUGACCAGACACGUCUCCAAAGUAUGCAGAGCGUACAAGGAAGUCAUAGUAGGGAAUGGGAUCGGUGCAGCGUUCACCGUCUCGGUUCCUUGGGUCUGUAAUGUUAGUCUGGUUGUUUGUAGAGGUCUGAAGGCUGGUGAUAAUGGCGGCAAUUGUAGAGAUGCAGUCUUGGGAAAUCUUCUGUCGAGGUCUUCUGAAGUUGAGAAUAAUGUAAACCUUCCCUUUUCUUGCCUGGAGUAUAUCAAAAGAGACUUCGAGCUCGUUUAA